CCGCCUUAGCUGAGGAUGCUGAGGAUGAAGCUGCCACCGAAGUCCACGCACCCCAGCGAGCCGCCGCCCGACGCGGAGGAGCCCGAGGCGGACGCGCGGCCGGGCAAAGCGCCGCCGCGCCGCCGCCGCGACUGCCGCCCGCCGCCGCCGCCGCACGGGCCUGCCACGGGGGCCCCGCCGCCGCCGCCGUCGCCGCCCCUGGGGCUCGAGCCGCCUGUUGCUAGCGGGCCGACGGCGGGCGCGGGCAUGCCGGGCGGCGGCGGGCACGCGGCGGCGCUACGCGAACAGGAGCGGGUGUAUGAGUGGUUCGGGCUGGUGCUGGGCUCGGCGCAGCGCCUGGAGUUCAUGUGCGGGCUGCUGGACCUGUGCAACCCGCUGGAGCUGCGCUUUCUCGGCUCGUGCCUGGAGGACUUGGCGCGCAAGGACUACCACUACCUGCGCGACUCAGAGGCUAAGGCCAACGGCCUCUCGGACCCGGGGUCGCUGGCCGACUUCCGAGAGCCUGCCGUGCGCUCGCGCCUCAUCGUUUACCUAGCGCUGCUGGGCUCGGAGAACAGGGAGGCCGCCGGCCGCCUGCACCGCCUCCUGCCCCAGGUGGACGCGGUGCUCAGGAGCCUGCGCGCGACUCGAGUCGAGGGCUCGCGGGGCAGCGUGGAGGACGAGCCGGGUGGCGAUGACGAGCAGGACGCGGAGAAGGACGGCCCCGGCCCGGAAGGCGGCGGCUGCGCCAAGCUCGGGACUGGAGGCGGGCUCGGCUUCAGGGCCCAGGAGGAACUGCUGCUGCUCUUCACCAUGGCUUCCCUGCACCCGGCUUUCUCCUUCCACCAGCGGGUCACCCUGAGGGAGCACCUGGAGAGGCUCCGCAGCGCACUCCGGGUGGAGCCGGAGGACGCGGAGGUGGAGCCGAGCAACUUUGCCGGCUCCAGGGCCCAGAACGACUCUGCUUGUGGUGACUAUAUACAGAGUAAUGAGACUGGUUUAGUAGAACAAGCCCAAAUACCUCAAGAUGGACUCACUGUGGCCCCUCACCGAGCUCAGCGAGAAGCUGUCCACAUUGAGAAGAUAAUGUUGAAAGGAGUCCAGAGAAAAAGGGCUGACAAGUACUGGGAGUACACUUUCAAAGUAAAUUGGUCUGACCUUUCAGUCACAACAGUAACAAAAACCCACCAAGAGCUACAGGAAUUUCUACUGAAGCUUCCAAAGGAGUUCUCUUCUGAGAGUUUUGACAAGACCAUCUUAAAAGCCCUGAAUCAGGGUUCUCUAAGGAGGGAAGAGCGGCGCCACCCUGACCUGGAGCCCAUCCUAAGGCAGCUGUUUUCAACCUCACCCCAGGCCUUCCUUCAGAGUCACAAAGUACGCAGCUUUUUUCGAUCAAUAUCAUCGGAGUCUCAGCAUAGCUUCAAUAACUUACAGUCCUCUCUGAAGACUUCUAAGAUAUUAGAACACUUAAAAGAAGACAGCUCAGAAGCUUCAAGUCAAGAAGAAGAUGUGUUACAGCACACCAUUAUCCACAAGAAACACGCUGGGAAAAGCCCCGCUGGGAAUGUUGCUACAAGCUGUGCUCUAUUGGAGGGGCUCACCAUGCAGUAUGCAGAACAAAAUGGAGUUGUGGAUUGGAGGAACCAAGGCUGUGCAGCCAUCCAGCACUCAGAGCACUGUGUAUCCUCUGCUGACCAACUCUCUGCUGAAAAACGGAGCUUGUCUUCAGUAAAUAAGAAGAAAGGGAAGCCACAAGUAGAAAAGGAGAAAAUAAAGAAAACUGAGAACAGAUUGAGCAGUAGAAUAAACGGGAUUAGACUCUCGGCUCCCCAGCACGCUCAUGGCAGCACUGUGAAAGAUAUGAAUUUGGACGUUGGAUCUGGACAUGACACAUGUGGAGAAACAUCUUCAGAGAGUUACAGCUCUCCGUCUAGUCCACGGCAUGAUGGAAGAGAGAGUUUGGAAAGUGAAGAAGAGAAGGACAGAGAUACAGACAGCAAUUCUGAAGACUCUGGGAAUCCAUCGUCAGCCAGGUUUGCAAGCCAUGGCUCCGUCACCCAGACCGUCUCUGUCCAGCCGCCUGCUGACACCGUCUCACUGGGAACUGAGAAUGGGAACCUUUUGGAAGCUCCAUUGACCUCACACAAGUACCCACAUAUUCCCUUCAUGCCAACUCUACACUGUGUCAUGCACAACGGUGCCCAGAAGUCAGAAGUUGUCAUUCCGUCGCCCAAAUCUGCAGACGGCAAAGCCGUAGGGGUGCUUGUCCCUAACCCCGUGGCUAUUUCUACAAUGAUGGAGUCCACAAAUGCAGCCCCGGUUGGCAUCCUAGGCCCAGCAGCUUCUGGGGAGUCGGAGAAGCACCUUGAAUUGUUAGCUUCCCCUUUACCUAUGCCAUCUCCCUUCCUCCCACACAGCAGUGCUCCUGCUUUGCAGCUGACGCUACAGAGUCUAAAAUUACAACCAGCACAGGGAGCGUCUGAGAAUUGCCCAGUUAAUGUCCCACAGCAAGCAGCCACAAGGCUGAGCAUCGGAUCACCAAACACUGCCUUGAUUCCUGUCCAUAACCCAGGGGCUUUCCCAGGAUCUCCUGUGGCUGCCACGGAUCCCAUCACAAAAUCUGCAUCCCAAGUAGUAGGACUAAAUCAAAUGGUGCCUCAGAUUGAGGGAAACACGGGGACAGUCCCUCAGCCGAACAAUGUGAAGGUAGUUCUUCCAGCAGCUGGCCUCUCAGCUGCACAGCCACCAGCUUCCUACACCUUUCCAGGCUCACCCCUUGCUGCCAGUGUGCUACCCACCCAGAAUUCCACUGUGCUCAACACAGCCACUUCUGCCCAGCCAGCAAGUCCAGGCAUCAGUCCAGCCCAGUCCACAGUUCCUCCUGCUGUUCCUACUCACACCCCAGGCCCUGCCCCAAGCCCCAGCCCUGCCUUGACACACAGCACUGCACAGAGUGACAGCACGUCCUACAUCAGUGCUGUGGGGAACACGAAUGCUAACAGCACCAUAGUGCCACCACAGCCUCUGGGUCCCUGUGGCUCUUGUGGGCGAAGGUGCAGCUGUGGGACCAAUGGAAACCUUCAGCUAAAUAGUUACUAUUAUCCCAACCCCAUGCCUGGACCAAUGUACCGACUCCCAUCAUUCUUCACUCUGCCAUCCAUUUGCAAUGGCAGCUACCUCAACCAAGCACAUCAGAGCAAUGGAAACCAACUUCCUUUUUUUCUGCCUCAGACUCCAUAUGCAAAUGGACUGGUGCAUGACCCAGUCAUGGGGAGCCAAGCCAGCUAUGGCAUGCAGCAGAUGGCAGGAUUUGGGAGAUUGUAUCCCGUAUAUCCAGCACCUAAUGUAGUUGCCAACACCAGUGGUUCUGGGCCCAAGAAGAACGGGAGUGUGUCUUGUUACAAUUGUGGCGUAAGCGGACACUAUGCACAAGACUGUAAGCAGUCGUCCAUGGAGGCCAAUCAGCAAGGCACUUACAGACUGAGAUACGCACCUCCCCUCCCCCCUUCUAAUGAUACGUUGGAUUCUGCAGACUGACCGAGUAAAGCUUGCCUGCUUAAUGCACUCACGUGUGGGGAGUCAUGGGUGUGGAGGGGAGGAAAGGAAAGGUAUUUUGUCUCUUUGUCUGUACAUUUCCUCAAUUUCUAUGCAGUUGGGAGUUUUCAUUUCUCUUUUGCCUGUGUCCAAAUAAGAAAGAACACGACGCGCUGAGCCUCUGGUCUCCUGUGCCGACAGCCGGCUUUCAUGUUUGACACUCGUAACUUCAAUUUCAGACAAACUCAAACGGAAACCGUCGAUGUGUGCUUUCUUUACACUGAACACUUGCUGUGUGCAAUGUUUACUGAACCUUUAAACUGUGUGUCUGACCUUACUUGUUUCCACAACACUGGUAACAGUCGUAUGGUUUUCCUCCUCUGGCUUUCCUCACUUUGACCCUGAGCCCAUGUCUCUUCCAGCACCCUUCUCCCUAGCCUGCAGCGAGGGUGCUCAGCGCGUCCUUGUCACACUUCUGUAACCUGCUCUGAGUCUGAACCAAGGGCAACACGUGUCACCGUAAAGAAGUAUGUACAUAUGUCAUAAAAGCACCACGUAAAUACACAUAUGCAGCACCUGUCCAAAUAACCUGAGAACAAAUGGGAGAGAGGAAGCCAGACUCGGGAAGGCACACGCGGGACAGACAGGCUUUCCUUGAGUGAACACAGUGUUUCCUUCCGUCACACUUCUGAGAACACCCCG